AUGCAUUUUCCUCAUGAGAUUCAUGUGUCAAUCUUGGAAAACUCUUCGUUUACCUCAUCAGAUCUCUUAAAAUUAGCUUUAUCCUGUCGUCAAUGGGCUAAAUAUGCACUUUCUUAUUUAUGGAGGUCUCGAAAUUUUACAGAAAAUGAUUCUUUUCAACAAUUUAUAUCAACUCUUUCAAAAUCUAACCAGCAAAAUUUAUUAUUUCCGUAUGGAGAAUAUGUAACGAAAAUUAAAUUAGAUGAAGCGGAAAAACAGCCUUCAAUACCUAUUGAUGCUAAUUUGAUUACCUUCUUAGCUAGUGCUUGUCCAAAUCUUAAAGACUUUCAACUUUUAUUUUCUCAAAGGGCUCGUUCUAAAUCUUGGAAGUUGCCUUUGAAUCUUUUAAGUGAUAGAUUAAUUCGCAUCAAUUUAACCAAUUACGAACAUAUAGUUAAUUAUGACGAUGCUUCCGAAGAUGUUGAAAAUGUUGAAAAUGAAUUAUCAACUCAGAAUAUUGCUCGAAGUAUUGCAAACUUUUUCAUCAAUAGUCCCAAAUCAAAACAAAGUAAUGUUAAUAGUAAUGAUGAUGAUGAUGCGCUGUGCGAAGCUGUGCGUCCUGGUAACAUUAGUAGUAUUAGGUUAUAUAAUCCGAGAAUGACUUUAAAUAUUUGGGAGAGAUUCACUAAAUGUGCUGGUAAUUCUCUCCUGUCUAUCAGAAUAAUUCUCAAUUAUGCUAGCAUGACAAUUGAAGAUCCAUCAGAAAUUGUUAUCUUAUUUGGCACAUAUUGCAAAAAUUUGAGAAAAUUUGAUUUAGAAGCUCUUCAAUAUCCUCCAAUUUCUCGAUCAGCAAUAUCUGUUAUGUUUGACAAUUGUUUAAAAUUAGAAACAAUUGAUGCACCCAUUCCUGGCGAUGCGUUAGAUAUCAUUCAUACUUCUAAAUCUUUAAAUUCAAUUUCUUUCUCUGAUGUUGUUCAAGGACAAUCUUUAAAAGCAACUUUUAAAAUGAAUAACCUUCAAAGUCUUUGUUUAUUGAAAGUUGAUGGUCCUUGUGACCUUUCAUUUCUUGAAAUGUUUCCAAACCUUCAACAUUUACAAAUUUGGGAUUUUUCUUUAUUCGAUUACGAUUCUGUUAGAAAAAUUAGUCAAUCUUCUAUCACAAAAUUAGAACUUUUAAAGCCUGCAAAUUUUUCAGAUGAGGCUUUAGCUGCAUUCGCAUCAAUGACUAAACUAAUUAAAUUCACCAUACGUGAUAGAUUACCAAAUGUUACCCAGAAUGGUUGGUUAUCGUUUGUGAAUCGACCGGCCGAAUGUCCAUCUUGGGUUACACUUAACAUAGGUGAUGGUAGAAGAGUUUGUACAAAAUUUUUUGAGAUUUUAGAUGAAAAACAUGAAAAAUUGGAAGUUUUAGGUAUUAGGGGGUUAACUAGCGGAAAUAUAGAUGACUCAGUGAUGGAAAGAUUAAAAUUUGCAGACGCUUGGAAACAUUGUAAAGAUAGUUCCCACUUACAUUUAAAUUGGCCAAAAAGAAUAAAAAGAUCUAAUGUUGUUGAAAUAGACAGUUAUAAGAGUUAUUAG